AUGGAAUCGUCGUUGACUCAUGUGAUGCUCGUCUCAUUCCCAGGCCAAGGUCACAUAAACCCUCUCCUUCGUCUUGGCAAGCUCUUAGCCUCUAAAGGCCUACUAGUCACUUUCGUCACCACAGAGGAGCCACAUGGCAAGAAGAUGCGUCAAGCCAACGAUAUUCAAGACGGUUUGCUUAAACCAGUCGGUUUAGGUUUCCUCCGGUUUGAGUUCUUUGACGAUGGGUUUACUCCCGACGACUUUGAGAGCAAACACACCUCCGGUGCCUUGUUCACACUUCUUGAAGUUGCCGGAAAACGAGAGAUCAAGAAUCUCGUCGAGAGAUACGUGGAAAAGAAGCAACCGGUGAGGUGUCUUAUCAACAACGCUUUUGUCCCUUGGGUUGGUGAAAUGGCCGAAGAACUUCAAAUCCCAUCUGCUGUUUUAUGGGUCCAGUCUUGUGCUUGUCUCACCGCUUACUAUUAUUACCAGAACCAGUUGGUUAACUUUCCGACAAAAACCGAACCAGAGACUAACGUUGAAGUCCCUUUCAUGCCAUUAGUGUUGAAACAUGACGAGAUCCCAAGCUUUCUUCACCCUUCCUGUCGCUUCUCCGUUUUCAAAAACCUCAUUUUACAACAAACCAAACGACUUCCAAAGACAUUUUCUGUUCUCAUAGACACUUUUGAAGAGUUGGAAAAAGACAUUAUUGACCACAUGUCUCAGCUUUGCCCUGAAGUCAUCAUCAAUCCUAUCGGACCACUCUUCAUGAUGGCGAAAACCACAAGCUCUGAUAUCAAGGGAGACAUCUCCGGCUCUUUAAAUCAGUGCAUGGAGUGGCUUGACUCGAAAGAACCAUCUUCCAUCGUUUACAUCUCCUUUGGAACUGCAGUCCAUUUGCAGCAAGAGCAAAUCGACGAGAUAGCUCAAGGCCUUCUAAGCUCAGGCUUAUCAUUCUUAUGGGUGGUUAGACCUCCUAUGAAAGGGUUAUCCUUAGCACCACAUGUGUUGCCUCCCGAGCUCGAAGAGAGAGGAAUGUUUGUGGAAUGGUGUCCACAAGAGAGAGUGUUGGCUCAUCCUGCGGUUGCUUGUUUCUUAAGUCAUUGCGGAUGGAACUCAACUGUAGAGGCGUUGUCUUCUGGUGUUCCCAUUGUUUGUCUUCCGCAGUGGGGCGAUCAAGUGACAAAUGCGGUGUAUGUGGUUGAUGUUUUUAAGGCAGGAGUGAGACUCGGCCGGGGAGAGGUUGGUGAUGAGAAGAUUGUUUCUAGGGAGGUUGUGGAGGAGAAGCUACUUGAAGCGACGGUUGGAGAGAAAGCGGUGGAGCUGAGAGAAAAUGCUUUGAGGUGGAAGAAGGAGGCUGAGGUUAGCAUGGGGUGUGGUGGAUCAUCGGAUAGGAACUUUGGAGAGUUUGUGGAUAAGUUGGUUGCCACUUUAUAAAAAAAUCACAAUAGUUUCAAUACAUAUGGGUGUAACCGUAAUAUCUAUAAUUGUUUCCACUUUCAAUUACAUCAUCCAACAAGCUGGCGUUACACAAGGAGGUUGGAUGGUGUUUCAUCAUUUUCUGCAAAUCAAUAAUUCUGUAUUCUUUGCGAUUAAAUAAAAGCAAAUCUUUCUGUUUAGACACUUUCUCGGACAGAGAAAAAUAGUGUCUCAGGAAGUCCAAACUUA